CGGUGUGGUUAAUCAUGUCCGUACGUGCGCUACUGUUGGCGGUGCUUUUGAUUGAGAUAAAUAGCUCAAUUCAAGUAGAUGACAGUGACAUCGCGCGCGAAACUCGUUCCUCCAAGAACUUUGAGAAGCUGCAGAAACAGUUUCUCGACAACACUACACGAUUACUACAGGGGAUGCUUUAUGAGAAGCGUCUCAAGAAUUUGAAUAACCAGGUCGUCGCAGUUGACGAAUUCUCCAACGCAGUGAAAGAAAAUUUGCAGAACAUGGUCGAGUCCUGGUCUUGGGUGCCAGAAUGGUGGAAAUCGGUACGUCGUUGGACCGAUUCGACGGUACGAGUUUUAAAUAGGCGCUGCGUUUCCAGAGUUUCGAACAUGAAGGCCGCCGCAGGACCACUUCUUUUGUGUUCCCUUUUAAAUGUUGUUUCUGCCACAGGUCAGGUGACCGAGCUCGAGCCCGAAUUUCUAGCACCGCUUGAAAAUCAUACUGUGACACAAGGGCGCGACGUCUACUUUACCUGCAUCGUCAACCACCUAUCUACUUACAAGGUGGCUUGGAUUAAAUCAGAUUCAAAAGCGAUUUUGGCAAUUCACACCCACAUGGUAGCGCAAAAUCCUCGUCUAUCAGUUACGCACAACGGGCACAAUACGUGGAUGCUACACGUGUCUAAUGUUCAGAAGAAUGACUCUGGAACCUACAUGUGCCAGAUUAACACGGACCCCAUGCGAAGCCAGAUGGGGAACCUCGAGGUGGUCAUCCCGCCUGAUAUCCUCAACGAUAAUGAGUCGACGGAAAGCGGUGGCGGAAUGGCCGUCGAAGGGGGCACCGUGAAGCUUAGGUGCCACGCUACUGGUGUCCCGGAGCCUUCUGUUUUGUGGAGACGAGAAGAUAGCCGGAACCUAGUGCUCCGCCACGAGGGAGGUCGCGAAAAGCAAGUGCUUCGAUCCUACGAUGGGGAUACUUUAGUUCUUAACAAUAUUCAACGAUCAGAUAUGGGCCCUUAUUUAUGUAUAGCGAGCAACAACGUUCCUCCCUCGGUUAGUAAACGAUUUGUCGUAAAAGUUCACUUUCAUCCCCUAAUUCGAGUGUCGAACCAAUUGGUCGCCGCACCGAUGUCCAGCGAUGUUGUCGUUCAGUGUUACGUUGAAGCGUCUCCUCGCGCAAUGAACCAUUGGAUGCGGGAUGAAACUGGUGAAAAACUUCCGCCUAGCGAUAAGUACAUGAUGACCGAAACCGCUUUAAACGAUUACUCCCUUCUUAUGAAUUUAACGAUACGCUCUCUAGAAAGGAAGGAUUUUGGCAACUACGUUUGUACUUCAUCCAACCCCCUAGGGAAAGCAGAAGGUGUCGUGCGUUUACAAGAAUUGCAUCUAACGGUGAAAUCGACCAGCACCGCCAGCACGCCGAAGUAUAUCGACGUUAAAUCUCGAAAGCAGCAACACAAAGAGAAGUCAAAGAAGUGGAAGCGUCCGAAAGGCAGAAAAGAAGCAUCGGAGUAUGGAGACACGGAGGAGGAUCAAGAAGCGACUACGGCAGCAUUGCCGGAAUUGCAAACCCCAGUUGCCUCACAGACAGUCACACCGAUUUCUACUAGAACGCCGCUAUGGAUUUUACAUUCCCAUUCUGGAGUCGGCUUUUCAAUCGGUGAUCCCAUCACAGUUGGACUUAUUUCAUUGUACUGCCUGUGUCGACAGUGAAAAUUGUCUUUAUUUUGUAUUCCUUACAAAAGCCAUUCCUUAUAUAUUUUUAAAAGUUAGUUGCCGUUUAACUGAAAGAAAUGAACCAGGAGUAACUAUUGGAAAUUUUGCUAGUUACCAAAAAUAUACUUUGGCCUAUCACAUGUCUUCCUAUCGAUAAUAUUUACACAAUUUUGUUAAGGAAAUUUACGAAUGAACAGAUCAUGGGCGUACUAGUCGCCAAUUCUCUGUUGCAUAUCAUUGUCAUUAUCAGUAAAGUCUUCCCUAUUAUGUUGGUACUUGAAGUCAAGCAUAAUUUGACUGCGAACAAUAAAAGAAACUUUUGUAUUACGUAAGUAUACUCGUAAUAUCAUAGAACAACGUCUUCCGAGUGGCAGCUCUGAAACAUCACUUAAUGCCGCAUUUGAUUUUAUUGCCUAUAUAAUUCAUGUAAGUGUAUAGUUAACACGUAUAUACUUACGGUAUAUAUGUGCUCGUUGCCGUACUGUAUUGUAUGUAUUUACAAAUGAAAAAUUCUAAAUACGUUAAGUUUAUGAUCUGCCAUAUAUCGAUAAAUUCUUCUUUAUACAUACACGUUUUUUAAUACUUUAUAAGCGUAAUUAUUUUUUUAUUAAUUACUAAAGUAAGUUAUAAUAAUAAAAGCCUAAGUUUAUGUAUGUUUACUUCUGUUGCAAUUGCCUAAGUAAAACGUUUAAACAAUCAAAUCAAGGUUAACUAGCAUAGAACACUUGUAGUAUAUGAAAAGUUGUUACAAAAGCAUUGUUAAAUAAUAUAUACAAUAUUACACUUGGUGUGAUGUACACGUGCAUGUUCUACCCUAAGCAAGAUGAACUUGCAACGUUUAUUAAGACAAUAACUACAGAUCAAUAAUAAACUAUUGGUACAGAA